AUGGAGCCGCAUGCUACAAUCCCCGAUUCAUUGGUGGAGACAGCAACAUGGGAUGAUAAUACUAAUCAUCUUAAAUUUUCUUACAAUGGUGAUGACUUGUUCCUACCUGAAGACCCUCUUUUGGUGUGGAAUUCCCCGGAAAAAUACCUGAAAGUGGAGAGAAUAUUUAGCAAGAACAGUGUCAUUGUUUCCAUCACAGAUGUUGCAGAGAUAGCAGUCAAUGUGGUGCCUGUGACCAAAGAAGAUGACAGAAUUCAUAACUACCAAUUUAGGUUCUUUGGCCUCUCUCCGGAAGUCGAAGGAGUGCUCGACCGCACCUACCAGCUGGAUUUUGAGAAUCCAGCAAAGCCAGGCGUGGCUAUGCCGGUGGUAGGAGGUGAAGACAAGUACAGAACCACUUCACUUCCCUCAGCAGAAUGCAAAUCAUGUGUCUUCUCUCCAAGUAGAAUUACAGAUCAAGAGAGUGAUCCAGUGACUAUAAAGUAUGGCAUGCUGGAUUGUGCCAGUGUGUUCUCCCAUGGGAAUGGAAUAGUUUGCAAGAAAUAA